AUGAGACCAUCAACUCUCACCCUCACCCUCAAACGAGCGCCGCUCACCCGCUUCAUCUCGCCCUCAUCCCGCUCACUCCUCAGCACCCUCUCAUCUCGCCAAUCUCACCAUCCCCGGCCCAUCUGCGCGGCGUCGCAAGCGAAUCGCGCGCUCCGGCUCACCUCAUCGCCCCGCGCCGUGACGCGCCGCUGCCACUCCACUUGCUGCGGCGGCUGCGGAUCCCACAAACAGCCAGACGACAGGAAAAAGAAGGCGUACAUCGCCCUGGGAAGUAAUGUCGGAGAUAGGGUCGCCAUGAUCGAGGAGGCGUGUAGGGAGAUGGAGCGUCGGGGGCUUCGCGUGACGAGAACGAGUAGCUUGUGGGAGACGGAUCCCAUGUAUGUGCUCGAUCAGGACAAGUUUAUCAACGGUGCCUGUGAGGUCGAGACGGAUCUUGAGCCUCUGGCUCUGCUCGAUGAACUCCAGGCCAUAGAAAAGCAUCUCGGCCGCGAAAAGAAAGUCGAAAAAGGUCCCCGUGCUAUCGACCUAGACAUCCUCCUCUACGACAACCAAAAGAUCCAACAUGAACGCCUCUGGAUCCCUCACGCCGGCAUCCUCGAGCGCGAGUUCGUCCUCCGACCCCUCUCAGAGCUCAUCCCCGGCCAACCCAUAGACCACGCCCGGCCCUGGAAAGUCACCCAAGACUAUCUCAACGACCUGCCCCCCUCCAACCCGCCCCUGUCCCCACUGACACCCCUCUCCCCCCACCUCCCACCCAUCCUCUCCUUCAAACCCGACCGCCCAACCCACGUCAUGUCCAUCCUCAACAUCACCCCCGAUUCCUUCUCCGACGGCGGCAUCAACUCGCCCGAGAACCUCGUCGAAUCCCUCCUGCACCACGCCCGCACCGGCGCCACUAUGAUCGACGUCGGCGGUCAGUCCACGUCCCCAGGGACUCCCGAGGUCUCCCUCGAGGAGGAGCUCGGCCGCGUGCUCCCCGUCAUCCGCCUCAUUCGCAAGUUCCCCGCCACCGCACACAUGACCAUCAGCGUCGACACCUACCGCGCCGAGGUAGCCGAGCAGGCCGUCGCGGCCGGCGCGGACAUCAUCAACGACGUGUCCGCGGGACUCCUAGACGACGCCAUGUUCCCCACCAUGGCCCGCCUAGGAAAGACAGUCUGCCUCAUGCACAUGCGCGGAACCCCGCAGAGCAUGUCCCGCCUUACAGACUACUCCCCCGCCGGCCUAAUCCCCACCAUCGCCGCCGAACUCCUCGCAAGAGUCGAAGCCGCCCAGGAAGCCGGAGUCCGCCGCUGGCGCAUCAUGCUCGACCCCGGCAUCGGCUUCGCGAAAGACACCGAGCAGAACCUCGAGAUCCUGCGCCGCCUCGACGACCUGCGGCGCUGGCCGGGCCUCGAGGGGCUGCCGUGGCUCGUCGGCUCCAGCCGCAAGGGGUUCGUCGGGAAAAUCACGGGCGUCACGGAACCCCGCGAACGCAUCUGGGGCACGGCCGCCACUGUCGCGGCGGCUGUGCAAGGGGGCGCGGAUAUCGUUAGGGUGCAUGAUGUUGGGGAGAUGAGUCAGGUUGUCAAGAUGUCGGAUGCCAUCUGGCGUGUCAAUGACUCAGAGGCGUUCCAGUCUGAGGUUUAA